AUGGGCAUCACACAUGACACUCCACCGUACUCCAAAACCGGAGAUGCCCUCGACUGGGUCUCGUGUGAACAACUGACACUCUUCCAUCUGGUGGCAAGUGGGAAAGCGGAGAAUGACAGAAGUGUGGGUGGCAAGGUCGCGGGGUCGAGAGCGUAUAAAAGCCAAGAAGCGGCGAAAGUGAAGAGCAUCAGUCCGAGAACCUCCAGAGCCACCAAGAUGAAGUCGAUGACCGUUGUUUCCCUGCUAGCCGUUGUCCUCCUGCCGCUGCAGUGCAUCUGUGCCCAGAGCCAGACCUUCGACCUGGCCAGCUUGAUCCCGAACCGGGGAUCAGAGCCCAUUUGGACGACCAUCAACAAGAACUUGCCGCAGGUGCAGGGCAUGAUCGAUGCCGCCCGGAGGCAGUGCAUCCAGCAGCUGGGCAUGCCCAAGGGCCAGCGCCCCCUCAUGAAGGAGACCAAUCCCAGCGAGAAGGAGAAGUGCCUGAUUGAGUGCGUCCUCAAGAAGAUCAAGAUGAUAGACGACACCAACAAGCUGAACCUGGCCCAGGUGGAGAAGCUUACCAGCCUGGUCACCCAGGACAACAAGGUGGCCAUCGCCAUCAGCUGCAGCAUGGCCCAGAACUGCAACCGUUCCAUCACGGAGAAGAAGCCCUGCCAGGCGGCCCAUCUCUUCAACCAAUGUAUUGGCCGCCACCUGGACCGGAACAACGUCAAGCUGGUCUGGUAGUGGGACUCAUCCUAGAGAAGGAGUAGCUCCUCCUCCUCCUCCAGAGACACAGUUCUGACCUUUAUUUGGCUUCCAAAUAAAAUGGUCCCAGAAAUGUGUAUUUAAUUGCAAAAAUAACUGCAUCUAAUUUAAGUAUUUUAAUUCCAUUUUUUAAUUAAAAUUAUUAAUUAUACUCCCUUUAAAUAUUUAAUAAAAAAAAUUAAGAAAAGU